AUGAGAAAUAUUUGUCAAGACACACCGCUCAUUAUUGCUUGUUAUAAUAAUUCAAUUGAUGUUGUCAAAUUCCUUAUAACAUUAGAUGGAAUUGAUAUUAAUGCCCAAGAUUAUUAUGGAAAUACUCCUCUUCAUGAAGCAUGCAGAUGCAAUUAUCGAGAUAUUGUUGAGAUUCUCAUAGGAUUUAGAGGUAUUAAUAUCAACAUAAGAAAUGUUCAAGGUGAUAUUCCUAUUAACAUGACUAGAGAUAAAAGAAUUAAUAAUCUACUGACAGCCCCCGAAAAAAGUGUCGAAGACAGGAAAAUAAAGGAAGUAAAAAAUUGA